AUGAAGCUCUUGGCCGACGAACUAUACCCAAGUUACAUUAGCCACCAACAAGGUAUCGCUACUCUUGAAUUGCAAGGCCAGGGAAGGAAGGUAGUGGUACAUGCAGGCAUGAACUCCACCAUGACCUACAAAAUCUGGAAACCUCAACAAGCAUCCUCAGGGUCUGAUCCCUGCGCCAGCCAAUCCGACUUCGUCAGUUUCAAAGGAAUACCCCGCGUUCGGAGGUCUAACUGA